AUGGCUCCCUCCACCUACUUUCUCCUCGCUUCUCUUCUAGCAUUGGCCACUUCUCAGGCCAUUGCUUCUGACCCUGGCCCGCUCCAGGACUUCUGUGUUGCCGACAUACACUCUCCAGUGAAGGUGAAUGGAUUUGUUUGCAAGGACCCCAUGGCGUGA